CGUGCGUCCUCCAUUUUCGAAUCUGCUUCUUCUUCAAUCCCCCUUUCUCUCUCCCUCUUUGACAGAUGACGACUGUUGAGAAUAUGAGCUCAGUUCCGGCGUCGGAAGACACGGAGUUCGGGUUUAAGCGGCCGGAGAUGUACAGCACCAACAUCGCUAACUCCAUCACCUCGUACGGUCGCCAUGUUUUCGUUCUCUACAAGACUCCUGAAGCUUGGAUCUCACACGUCGAGGAGGAAGGUUUGCCUCAGAGGUUCGCUACGUUGCUCAAGGAUCGCAAAUCUGAUCUCCUUGUUCAGACUAAGCUGAAUGUAUGCGAAGGUGGUGGAUCUGAUGGAGAUGUGUUGAUUUUUCCUGAUAUGGUUAGAUACAAGGGGAUUAAGGAUACGGAAGUGGAAAGUUUCUUUGAAGAUGUGCUUGUGAAUGGGAAGCCAUGGAGAUCUGGGAGAGAGGAAAAGAUAUCUGGAACGUUUGUGUUCGUGUGUACUCAUGCUAGUCGAGACAAGAGGUGUGGUGUUUGUGGACCGGUCAUCUUAGAGAGGUUCGUGCAGGAGAUUGGCUCCCGUGGACUAUCAGACCAAAUCUCUCUCAAGCGAUGCUCUCACGUUGGACAGCACAAGUAUGCUGGUAAUAUAAUCAUCUUCAGUCCUGAUUCUGCUGGAAAAAUUUCUGGAAAUUGGUAUGGGUAUGUAACUCCUGAUGAUGUACCUGAUUUGCUUGACCAGCAUAUUGCAAAAGGAGAAAUCAUUCAAAGGAUUUGGAGGGGACAAAUGGGCUUAGCUGAAGGUGUAGCUGAGAAAGAGCAUGAACAGAGAGUGGUGCCCAACGGUAACCCUGUAGUUGAGAAUUUCACAGGAGGGUGUUGCCAAGGAGCAAACGGCAGUGUUUCGUGUUGCCAAAACGAAAACCCAAAGCCAGAGCCAGUCAAGAAAGAAGGAAAGUGCGCCAUAUGGUUCCAGCCUCUUGACAAAGAAGAGAUGUAUCUUGGAGCAGCCGUGGUUGGAGCCGUUGCAACUAUAGCCAUGAUUGGUUACACCUUUUUCAAGAGGUCAGGAUAAAGAACAACCUAACCUUACGCUUCUUACUUGGCUAUUUGAUUCAAACAGAAGUUUUGUUUAUGUUCUUUAUCUGUCACUUCAUACCAUUUAAGAAACAUACAAACCUUUUUGGUUUCUGGGAAGUUUUUUUUAAUUCUCUUCUUUUAUGUAGUUUUCAUUAUCUUCCACGUUGUGUUUGUGGUUGCGCUGGUUUGGUGAAAAUCUUCUUGAUGAGCCAUAUUGUAUCUGAAUGAUAUCUUUUUUUAUACGGGGCAAC